AACCCCAGAGAAAAAGAAGUGUUUGCAUGGGCGAGAGUUCACGCCUCUAAGUUCCUGCCUUUGCUUCGGGCGUCCCUAGCCUGACUCCUCUGCAGGGCUGGGGCAACGGGCUGUGCCCGAGGACGACAAGCGGGUUGGCCCGAGGACCCAGCUUCUGGCCGGUGAAUAAUUUGGGAGCUCAGGAGGAAGAGGAGGAGGAAGGGGACGGUGGACGACGAAGACUUGGCUCGGAGGAGCUGCUCUCCCGGCGGAGGGCAGCGAGCUAGGGGAGCGGGGAGUGUGAAGAGUCGAGCCUCUGGGGCUGCUCGGGAAACGGGCUCAUGCUAGAGGGGUGGCGGACCGAGGUGUUGCCCGGGGGGUGGAUUCUGGAUGCGACUUAGGUACCGAGUUAAGCAGAGAGCCCUGAAGCAAGACCUCCCCCCUCCCCUCCUCCGCCUCUACCACCCCCAGCCCCGACCCUCCGAGUAGGAGGGAGGAGGGGGUUGCUGCUGCUGUUCCCACCCCUCCCCCCGGCGUCCAGGAAACCUGCAGCUUGAUUCGGUGCUUAUUUUUAGGAGUAGUUGUUUUUGUUUUGUUUUUUUUUCCCUCCGUUCCCCCCGGACACCUCGUUUUUCCUGAAGUCGGGGCUGGGCGGGAGCAUUUAAAGGGCUCUGAGCCGGCGCCAGAAACUCAUCUGCUCCGCAGGAGAGUGACCAGGGGGUUUGGGACCCACCGCCAAACCACCCCGGGAGAGAAGAGAAGAGAAGAGUGGCAGCGGCGGUUUCGAGCCCGCCCUUUCUGCCCCGGAGGUGGUUGAGCCCGUGCCCAGAAUGGAGCCCCCUGGCUUUCCGUGCCGCCCGCCGCGCGCCCUCUGAUCUGCGCCCCCAGCUCCACCGCGACCCGUGGGACAGCGCCGAGCCCAGCGGCGGCGGCUUCCAGAGUCGGGGACCAUGGGACCCAAGGCGACGGCGCUGGUGAUGGCCCUGGCGUUGGUGCUGGGCGGUUCGGGCAGCCCGGGACGGAGCCUAUACGAGGGGCCGGUUUGCCCGAACAUGGACAUUCGAAAUAACCUGACACAGCUGUAUGCUCUAGAAAACUGCUCUGUGAUUGAGGGCCACUUGCAAAUACUGCUCAUGUUUAAAACCAAGCCUGAAGAUUUCCGAGGACUUAGUUUUCCCAAACUUACUAUGAUUACAGACUAUUUAUUACUUUUCCGGGUGUAUGGCCUAGAGAGUUUAAAGGACCUCUUCCCCAAUCUCACUGUUAUCCGUGGAACCCGUCUCUUUUUUAACUAUGCCCUGGUCAUCUUUGAGAUGGUCCACUUGAAAGAAAUUGGCCUUUACAAUCUAAUGAAUAUCACCCGAGGAGCAGUUCGGAUUGAGAAGAAUAAUGAGCUAUGCUACUUGUCCACUAUUGACUGGUCUCGAAUUUUAGAUUCUGUUGAAGAUAACUACAUUGUUGAAAACAAAGAUGAUAAAGAAGAAUGCGGAGAUGUUUGUCCAGGAACUGUGAAAGGAAAAAGCAGCUGCCCAGCUACUGUAAUAAAUGGUCUUUUCAUCGAAAGGUGUUGGACCCAUGACCACUGUCAGAAAGUUUGUCCAGCCCCCUGUAAGUGGCAGGGUUGCACCUCAGAUGGUCAGUGCUGUCACAGCGAGUGCCUGGGAAACUGCUCAGAGCCGAAUGAUCCCGAGAAAUGCAUUGCCUGCCGGCACUUCGACCUCGAUGGCAAGUGUGUUGAAACUUGCCCGCCGAAUUACUAUCGCUUUCAGGAGUGGCGUUGUGUGAAUUUCAGCUUCUGCCAGAAUCUGCACAACAAUUGCAAGAAUUCCAGGCAAUCUGGGUGCCACCAAUAUGUCAUUCACAACAACAAGUGUGUUCCUGAGUGUCCCUCUGGAUAUAUUAUGAAUUCCACCAACCUGAAUUGCUCUCCUUGUUCAGGGCCCUGUCCAAAGGUUUGUAAUAUGUAUGGUGAGAAGACCAUUGAUUCAGUAACAUCUGCACAGGAGCUUCAAGGGUGUACUGUCAUAAAUGGAAGCUUGAUCAUAAACAUACGUGGAGGCAAUAAUUUAGCGGCAGAACUGGAAGCCAACCUUGGCUUAAUUGAAGAAAUUUCGGGUUACCUGAAAAUCCGUCGUUCCUAUGCCUUAGUGUCUCUGUCUUUCUUCCGUAAACUGCAUCUGAUUAAAGGGGAGACCCUUGAAGCUGGGAAUUAUUCUUUCUAUGCCCUGGAUAAUCAGAACCUGAGACAGCUAUGGGACUGGAGUAAACACAAUCUCACCAUUGCCCAAGGAAAAUUGUUCUUCCAUUAUAACCCCAAACUCUGCUUAUCAGAGAUUCACAAAAUGGAAGAAAUCUCCGGAACCAAGGGGCGUCAAGAAAGAAAUGACAUAGCCUUGAAGACGAAUGGUGACCAAGCAUCCUGUGAAAAUGAGCUACUCAGAUUUUCCCAAAUCAGAACAUCUUUCGACAAGAUCUUACUAAAAUGGGAACCUUACUGGCCACCUGAUUUUCGAGACCUCUUGGGAUUUAUGCUUUUCUACAAAGAAGCCCCAUAUCAAAAUGUGACUGAAUUUGAUGGUCAAGAUGCUUGUGGUUCAAACAGUUGGACAGUGGUUGAUGUAGAGCCUCCCCAGCGGUCAAAUGAUCCCAAAUCCCAGAGCUCUCCAGGAUGGCUAAUGAGGGGGUUGAAACCUUGGACCCAGUAUGCUGUCUUUGUCAAAACCUUAGUCACCUUUUCUGAUGAGCGAAGAACAUACGGAGCAAAGAGUGAAAUCAUCUAUGUCCAGACCAAUGCUACAGUUCCUUCUGUUCCCUUAGAUCCAAUAUCAGUUUCCAAUUCCUCAUCCCAGAUCAUUUUAAAGUGGAAACCACCUUCAGAGCCAAAUGGCAAUAUCACACACUACUUAGUGUUCUGGGAGCAACAGGCUGAGGAUAGCGAACUCUAUGAACUUGAUUAUUGCCUGAAGGGAUUAAAGCUGCCUUCAAGGACCUGGUCUCCUCCUUUUGAAUCUGAAGAUUCUCAGAAACAGAAUCGAAGCGAUAAUGAGGAUCAUGGUGGAGAGUGUUGUUCUUGUCCAAAAACUGAUUCCCAAAUACAGAAAGAAGCUGAAGAGUCUUCAUUUAGGAAAACAUUUGAAAAUUAUCUCCAUAAUGAGGUUUUUGUGCCCAGAAAAACAUCAUCAGGGAAUGGAUCUGUGGACAUUAGGCCAAAUCGUAAACGAAGGGAUCUUGGCAGCAGGGCAAAUGCCACAGUGGUGACACCCACAAUUCCACCUUUGUCAAACACCUCAUCUACACCUGCCCCUGAAAGUAGAGAGGAACAGAAACCCUUUGAGAAAGUUGAAUCUAAGGAAUCCUUGGUUAUCUCCGGUCUGCGGCAUUUUACUGGCUAUCGCAUUGAACUCCACGCCUGCAAUCAUGAUGCCCAAGAAUCCAGAUGCAGCGUGGCUGCGUAUGUCAGUGCAAGAACCAUGCCUGAAGCAAAGGCAGAUGACAUUGUUGGGCCGGUUACUCAUGAAGUGUCUGACAAUAACAUUGUCCACUUGAAGUGGCAGGAGCCAAAGGAGCCCAAUGGAUUGAUUGUUCUCUAUGAAGUGAACUAUUGGCGUCUUGGAGAAAAUGAGGAAAACAUGCUUCCUUUUUCCUUUUUGCAGGAACUGCAUUAUUGUGUUUCCCGGAAACAUUUUGCCAACGAACAUGGAUGUAAACUCCGUGGCCUGCAUCCCGGGAAUUACACUGUUCGAAUUCGAGCCACUUCAUUGGCAGGAAAUGGCUCUUGGACCGAACCCACCUAUUUCUAUGUUGCGGAUUAUUUAGAUGUUCCGUCGAAUAUUGCAAAAAUUAUCAUUGGCCCAGUCAUUUUUGCCAUUUUUGUUGUUGGAAUGAUUGGCGCUAUUUACCUGUUUGUGAAAAAGAGGCAAACGGAAGGACCAACCGGGCCACUUUAUGCCUCGUCCAAUCCAGAAUACCUCAGUGCUAGUGAUGUUUAUGUCCCAGAUGAGUGGGAGGUACCACGAGACAAAAUCAGCCUCCUACGGGAAUUGGGCCAGGGCUCCUUUGGGAUGGUGUAUGAAGGAAACGCAAAGGAUAUCAUAAAAGGAGAGCUAGAGACGCACGUAGCGGUGAAAACCGUUAAUGAAUCUGCAAGUCUUCGGGAACGCAUUGAGUUUUUAAAUGAAGCCUCUGUCAUGAAAGGUUUUAGCUGCCAUCAUGUGGUCCGCCUCUUAGGAGUGGUCUCCAAAGGACAGCCCACAUUGGUAGUGAUGGAGCUGAUGGCCCAUGGAGAUCUAAAAAGUUACCUCCGUUCUUUGCGCCCAGAUGCUGAAAAUAACCCUGGCCGCCCCCCGCCAACACUCCCGGAGAUGAUUCAGAUGGCCGCCGAGAUCGCAGAUGGCAUGGCCUACUUGAAUGCAAAGAAAUUUGUUCACCGAGAUCUAGCAGCCCGAAAUUGUAUGGUUGCGGAAGACUUUACCGUAAAGAUUGGAGAUUUUGGAAUGACCAGAGACAUCUACGAAACUGAUUAUUACCGAAAAGGAGGGAAGGGUCUGCUCCCUGUAAGAUGGAUGGCCCCUGAGUCCUUAAAGGAUGGAGUCUUUACAGCAUAUUCUGAUGUGUGGUCUUUUGGCGUGGUCCUUUGGGAGAUCAGCAGCUUGGCCGAACAGCCUUACCAGGGUCUGUCUAAUGAGCAGGUGCUGAAAUUUGUAAUGGAUGGAGGGUACCUGGAUCAACCUGAUAACUGUCCUGAAAGAGUAAACCACCUGAUGCAGAUGUGCUGGCAGUAUAACCCCAAAAUGCGCCCCACCUUCAUCGAGAUCAUUGAGAUGCUGAAAGAGGACCUGCAUCCCAGCUUUCAGAGCGUGUCAUUUUUUUACAGCGAGGAAAACAAGCCUCCAGAAGCUGAGGAAUUCGAGAUGGACUUUGAAAACAUGGAGAGCAUUCCGCUCGACCCAUCUUCAUACUCCCAGAGGGACGAAGUCCUGGGGCGGGACAAUGGGCCAUCUCUGGCUCUAAAGGGAAACUACGAAGAACACAUACCUUACACCCAUAUGAAUGGUGGCAAGAAAAACGGACGCAUUCUGUCCCUCCCUAGGUCGAGCCCUUCCUAACAUUUCCUGUGGUGGACAGGUGUUCAGUUUUUUUGCUUUUCCUUCUCGUCUAAAGGCCCUCCAGAAAUCUCAGGACUAUUGUUAUUGCUGCCACAGUGUAAUACACAACUCAAACACUUUCUAUUCAUUUUUAUUCAUCUUAUGACUUUUUAUUUUAUUUUAUUUUAUUUUUUUGCCAAGUUGACUGGUUGUCAGUGGACUUAACUGUGAACAUAAAUGGAAAUGGUUUCCAUGGCUGCUGCCCCUUCUGUAACCAUGGUUUCAAAACAGGAAGUGACCUUGCUAGGGAGUCAAAAGAAAGCAUCUGUAUUUGCAAACAAUGAAAUUCACUGGUAUCAGAGCUACAGUAUAAAAGUGUUUGCGGAACAAAACUUUUCAAAGAAAAAAAGCUUUUUCAGCAGAAUUCCAAACUUUUCAAAAUGAUCUUCGCAAAUGUUUCUUUCAUUAAGGCUGAAGAAUUUUAACACAGAUCAGUUAAACCAGUUCCUCAGAUUGACCAAUAGCUGCUGCUUUCGUACUUUUCAAUGGGUAGAAAACCCUUGUGUGCGUGCGUGUGUGUGGGGGGGGGGGGUGCGCGCGCGUGCACUCUGGUGUAUAUCUAGUAUAUAUAUACAUCUAGUGUAUAUAUACAAAAUAUACAUGUUUGUAAAAAACUUUUGUAUUGUUCUCACAGAAACUUUGCUAUUCUUCAACAUGUGUACUCAUCUUUUUUUUCCCCGAUUAACUGGGGUGACUGUGCCCUAAACAGAUUAUUUUUGUAAUACAAACUCUGCCAUGUGCAGUCUUUUACUUAUUGACAUAUGGUGAAAAGUGUAUGCUGGGCACCAAAAGAGUAGCAUUCAGACUGAGACUGUGGAUCCUUUCAAGACCAAACAAAACAGGAAAAAAAAACAACUGAGAUAUCAAGCUUUCUGUCCCUACAGCAUUAUUGAGUAUAUAUUUUGCUUGUUGUAACAUAUUUAAAUUUUUUUAAGUUUUAAACAUUAACCUCCUAUAAGUUAUUGACUUUUUUGAUUCCUUUUUUUUAUUUUUGGCUCGUUUGGUCUUCAUGUGGUCCAUUGAUUUGAGAAUAAACUAAUUUUAGCUAA